AUGGAUAAACAAGCUGCAAAAAAUGGAAUCAUUCACACUGUGACUGCUGAUUAUUUUAAAACCAAGUUAGCAGUGCAUAAUGUCACUGUCAACCUUGGAACAGAAGAUGUCGCAUGCUAUUGGUUUGACGAAACUACUUGUGACUUAAAAGCCACCACCUACGCAUCUUUUUUUGUGGAUUACGUAACAAAUCUGUUAAAUGAAGAUGCAAAAGAUGUAGUGAUAUGGACUGAUGGUUGCACAUCCCAAAAUAGAAACAGUAUCGUUUCUAAUGCUCUACUUAGACUAGAAAUGGAUACAAAUAUUACAAUAACACAUAAAUACCUCGAAAGGGGAUACACACAGAUGGAGGUGGACUCUGUCCAUUCUGUCAUUGAGAGAAUGCCAUCGCAAUUAUUCGCAAUACGCAACAUUAACUAA